AUGGCGGGUUUGGAGCGGCGUGGAAUGACGGCAUUCGAUAUGGAAGAGGAGAAGGAUGAGGGUCAUUUUGAUGCGAAUGGAAAUUUUGUGUGGGACGACGAGGCAAAAAAGCAAGAAGAGGCUUGGCUAGAGGAUGUGUCAGAGCAGCAGAUGGGCGCAGCCAAGCACGCUAAAAGCCGGCGUGAAUUCCGGGACGAACAGACGGAGGAGACGCUUACGACGGAGACGGCAAACAAGACGCUAGCGACGCUUGUAAGGCCACGUGAGACGGUGUUACAGGCGCUCAAGCGGCUUGGGUCCAAGAAGACGCGUGUUCGACCUGGAAACAAGCGCAAGCAGACACAUAGUAAAGAAGCUGAGACGACGGCGCAGACAGAGGAGGAGAAGAAGCAGUUUGAGCAGAUCACAGAAGCCGCAGACUUUCUUAUGAGGUUGGGAGAGGUGGAAGUUUAUGGCCAGACAAAGGAAGAGUUUAUCCCGGAGGAGGAGCUGUUGGCACAGCGGAGACGAGUGCAGUUUGCUGGACAGAGUGAAGGGAAGAGCGAGGAGAAGCCUCUAAAAAAAGAAAUCAUGUGGGAGUACAAAGCUACUGACGGAAAGAUUCAUGGACCUUUUCCGACAUCAAGCUUCGUGGCGUGGCAGCAGCAGGGCUAUUUUACAGGAGAGACUACCGUGGACAUGCGGCAAGUGCUGAGAAUUAGUGAUGAUGCUGCUGUAGAGCCUGCACACAAGAAGCAAAAGCAGAAAAAUGAGAAGGUUUCUGCCGAUCAAGAGAUGCUCGACGAUUUCGAGGACAGCGAUAAUGAAGACGACGCUAAGCUUGCUGAUGACAAGGAAAAAGCAGACGAGAACCUAUGGAAGCGAUCCGACGCGAUUGAUUUUUCCUCAUAUUGA